AAGUCAUAGCCACUUUAGAAUAUCAAUAACGCAGCGGCGGCGCGCAGCCCGGUCAUUUCACUAAAUCACCCUUCUCCACGUUUUUUUAUGUCAUUGGAUAUAUGUUUCCAUAUUCAACCAAAAAAACAAAAAGAAGAUUUUCAAAUCCCAAAAUUUCCUACAAAUAUAUUUUUACCUUAUUAUAUCACGACGAAUUUCCCAGAAAAAAAAAAGAAUUUAAAGAUUUAAGAGUCGUAGUGGUGCAAAAUGGAUUUAAUAGAAGUUUGGGAUUUUCUGGAUUUUAGUUUCAUCGAUGAAAAUACAUCUCCAGAUAUACUUUUGCCCAAUUACAGCGGUAGGGAAAUUGUUGUUCAUCAAGAAAAGGAAUUCGUCGAUAGAGAUUGCUCGCGCAAGAGGGGACGCAGUGGAUCAUGCAGCAGGCCAGGGACUAAAGCUUGCCGUGAGAAAUUAAGACGGGAGAAAUUGAAUGAAAGGUUUCUGGAUCUAAGCUCUACUUUGGAACCUGGGAGACCUGCCAGGACUGACAAAUCCGCAAUACUGGAUGAUGCAAUCAGAGUUCUGACCCAACUAAGAACUGACGCUCAGGAGCUCAAAGAAACAAAUGAAAAGCUAUUGGAGGAAAUAAAAAGUUUAAAGGCUGAGAAGAAUGAAAUUCGUGAGGAGAAGCUUGUACUGAAGGCAAAUAAAGAAAGGAUAGAGCAACAGCUGAAAACAUUGAACGUUUCUGCAGCUGGAUAUCUUCCUGCUCACCCAGCAGGGUAUCAUGCCGCGGCAAACAAGAUGGCAGUUUUUCCUGGUUAUGGUUUGGUCCCAGUGUGGCAAUAUUUACCUCCAUCAGCACGGGAUACGUCUCAAGAUCAUGAGCAUAGGCCCCCUGCAGCGUAGUGCUUUUUUCUUCAUUUUGAAUUCGAGUAUCCUCGCAUGGUUUUGGCCUUGGCUGAUCUGUAGAUAUGCUAUUGAAAGAUGGAUUAUCCCAUUUUAAAUUCAACCAUUGGCUCUAUUCACUGCUAUUACUGCAAUCUAACACUUGAAGCUUUUGCUUCAGAUUGUUAAUCUGAAAUUUCUUAUUUGGACAGA